CAUAAAUAUUUUAAUUAGACAAAAUAAAAAUUUGUUUUGUUUGAUUAUGCUGGAGAAAAUGUUAAGGUUUUAAGUAGUUAGAAAAGAUGAAAAAAUAAAUAGUAUAUAGCCUUUAUUACCCACCAUUCAUAAUAAUCCUUUUGAGAAAUAAAAUAAUUUAACAGAGACAAUAGAUAAUUAAUACUAAGGAAAUAGAUUUUGUGGAACUUAUCGUAGUAAUAGUUAGAAAAGAAAUUAAAUAAAAUCUAUAAGAAGAUCAAAAUGUGUAGGCUAUAUGCAAAUGAUAGAAAAUUAUAAAAAUACAAAUAGAUAAAGUUAGGAAAAUCCAUUUUAGGGAGAAUUAUUAAUUAAGCAAUUUAAAAAAAAUAGAAAAUAUGAAUAAGGUAGUGAGAUAUAGAAUACUUUGAUGGAUUAUCCUCAACAUAAAUUCCAUACAUUGGAUGCCACAACAAAAAAUAUAAGAUAUAAUUCUUAGCCUAAGAGGACAGAUUAAAUUGAGACUGAUAUGAAAAUUACUCCUUAUAUACAUCAGAAUAAAAGAUUUUAAUGUAUUGAUUAUAUCUACAUUGUUUGA